AUGAUGCACUGGUCGCUGCGCCGGCAGAGCUCCUGGGUCCAGCUGGCUGGACAUCGAGGUAACUUCCGGCUGAGUGAGGGAGGGGAGGUGUUGAAACUGUACAGUGAAGUGGAGGCAAAGUGCCUGGACUUCUUGAUGAGAGACCCCCUGAGACCCUUUGUCCCGCAGUACCACGGCCUGGUCACCAGAGGGGAGCAGUGCUACAUCCGACUGGAGGACCUGCUGAAUGGCCUGAGGAGGCCGGUCAUCAUGGACUGCAAGAUGGGAGUCAGGACAUACCAGGAGGAGGAGCUGAUCAAAGCCCGCUUUAAGGCCACCCUGCGGAGUGACAUGUACCAGAAGAUGGUGAAAAUAGACCCAUCAGCUCCAUCAGCAGAAGAACACGCACAGAAAGGGGUGACCAAGUGGCGAUACCUUCAGUGGAAAGAUACAACCAGUUCGACGUCCACACUGGGCCUCAGGAUAGAGGGCAUCAUGAUGGAGGACGGCAGUAUCCAGCGGGACUUCAGGAAUAUUCUGACUCCAGAUCGAGUCACGGAGGCUUUGCUUUUCUUCACCAAGAGUCAGCUAGACAUCCUGGAAGCGUAUCACUCCAGACUGCUGGCCCUGAGAGAAGCACUGAAGAAUUCUCUGUUUUUCAAAACCCAUGAGGUGAUUGGCAGCUCGCUUCUCUUUGUGCACGACCACAGCAGCAAGGCCAGCGUGUGGAUGAUAGACUUUGGGAAGACGACCCCAGUGCCUGACACAAAUCAGCUCCGACACGACGUCCCGUGGGUCGAGGGGACCAGAGAGGACGGCUACCUCAUCGGUCUGAGGUCCCUCAUCAACUCUCUGAGCGAGGCCAUCAGUGGGAGUUGUAGAUGAAGUACACCAAGGGUUGUGGUGGAGACAUUUAAAUUCAGGAUCAGGUGGACAAAAUGGCUAUUGUUACUCUUUGAACUGUCCCCUCAUUUAAUUCACUGGAAGAGACAGCAGAGGAGGAGGAGCAGGAGGAGGAUUUUUUUCUGAGGGAUCUGUCUUCAGGGGCUGAGAAAGAGGAAUGGGGGAGAACAAUUCAUCUAAAAUCCAUUGAAAUGUGAUGCUGUUGUUGUGGAGUGGUACAUCUGGCAUGUACAUACUUUAACAGUAGACAUUGUUUUGUUCUACAGAUUUUUAAAAAUUAUUUCCUAUACCCUUUUAUAAUUCAUACAGGACUAAAUCAUUUUUAUUCAUGGAGUGGUCUGUGGAAAAAAAAAACAACCUUAUCUGUGUUGCAUAUUGAGGUAAUUUGGAAACCUUGUGGCUGAACAGCAUUAUUGGUUAGGCUAUUCUAAAAAAGAUUAACCACAAAUUAAUAUAAACUUUAAGUACAUUGAUGAAAUAGAUGAGAUGGUGUUAUUAUCAAAUAUUUAUACUUUUUUUUUUUACGUAUGAUGCAGCUGAAAUGUUUUUUUUUCCUGAUCUUACACCCUGUAUACAGUGGAAAGACAAAAAACAACUUCACAUAUUAACCAGUCCAAGCUAAGUGAAAUAAACUAUAAAUGUCACCG